AUGACCUCGAAUCUCGAUUUCUCCUCAGAGGGUCUCCUGGAUCUCAAUUUCGACCAACGAGACUCCCGAUACCCGUUUACAACGAAUAUGGCGGCGAGGUCAACUUGGCCGAUGCCUCUAGAUAUGGCCUCAGGAGUGACGGAUGAGAGGCGAGAAACAUCACCAGGCCACAGUACACAUCAGCAGUUUCCUCAGGCAGGGCAUCGCAAUUCUCCAACUCUCUUGACAGACUGGCCGAUGCCUCAGCAAUCUCAACAACUCUCGCAGUAUAUCCAGGAUAACUCCUUCGUGGGAACGCAGUUCAACCCGUUUGCGGGUACUUUCCAAACAUCACCACUCGAGUAUCAUCUUCCCUCGACCACGGCGGGAUUCGAGCCAGGACUACAGAUGGAGGCGCCAUUUAAUGGAUUGGCACAAACGGUGGAACAGGCGGCGAUGUGGGCAAACUGGCAGGAGAUUGAACAUGCGAUGAAUUUUACGGGUACCAACGAUGGAUUACCAAGUUUAGGACGUCAAAGUCUCGGUAGCAACUCGCCAACAGGAACAUAUCUAGAAGUUCUAUCUCUUCCCAGUUCAAGUAGUGAUAAUGGAUGGACUACUGUCGAUACGUUCCCAACUUUUGAUGCAUACCAACAAGCACAGAAUGCUGCAAUCUUCAACCCCGGACAAACAUUACAUCUCAGAACACACUCGGACUCGUCGCAAUCAGAUGGUACGGGGCACACAAUAGAGUCUUUCGGAAGCUUCGAGGACAUUGCAUCUUAUCCCCCGUACUCGCCAUACUCACCCGAAUCCGAUAACUACAUCGAUACAACUGGCCACCGAAAUUGUUACCAUGGGGAGUCAUCACAUCAACACAACCAUGAGAUUGUGAGCCCUGCGGCCGCCGUCCCUCCUGUUCCCAUCAAGAUGUCUCCUUCGAGUAGAACCACCCCAUCUUCUACCUCAUCACCUCCUGCUCGUAGAAACUCCGCCCCACGAAAAAGCCCAUCGGCCAAAGCCACCAAGGCCGUCAUCCGCCGUACCUCAUCAAAUGGAAAGAAAGACACAGAAAAACGUGUCGGUAGACGACGCGGUCCAUUAUUACCCGAGCAACGAAAACAAGCAAGCGAGAUCAGAAAGCUCAGAGCAUGUCUGCGUUGCAAGUUCUUGAAGAAGACGUGUGAUAAAGGAGAGCCUUGUGCUGGUUGCCAACCAUCGCAUGCCAGAUUAUGGCAGGUUCCUUGUACACGUAUCGAUAUCAAGGACAUCGGCUAUUUCAUGAAGGACUGGCGCGCAGAUCACGAGCGUCAUACUGGCCGUGGUGUCUCCGUCUACAACAUCAAAGGCUUCGCUCAGAAGGAGGAGCUGAUAUGGAUUACCCACGGCUAUGGAUUCGCUAUUCCUAUCAUGGCACGUGAAGUUUAUGUCAGUGACGACAGUUGCUUCCAAGUCGACUGGGUCGAGUCAGCAGAUCAUGAAGAGCCUCUUGAGUUUGAUACUCGAACCGAGAGAAUGUCAGCCGGUGCUGAAGGCGUUUCAACUGAGGCGUUAUCAGAAUACCUGGAUAAACAUUUGGAUGGUCCGUUCGAAGAGUUUGUCGAUGAGUACUUUGAGGGAACUCCGUUCAUCACAGAGAUUUUGAAGACCGCCCACCGCUACUACGCCAAAGAGAAGGUUCCGGUAGUCCGAAAAGCUUUGAAGCUUGUUCUUGCUUACAACCUUACUCAACAUGUCACCAUGGUUGAGCAGCGUGGUGAUGAGCACCCAAUGGAGGGUUAUAUCGACUAUGAAGACUCCAAAUACAAUGGAAAGGUUAUCGCACCUGUCAUGAUCAACUUCCAGGUCAAGUGCGCUCUUGCAGAUAUGUGGCGUGAGCUUCAAAAGGAAAUUCUUGAAGAGUUGUCGUCUUUGUACUCUAGCGUGUACAGUGGGGACAGACUCAAGAACUGGCCCACAAUCUUCAUGCUUGCAUCGAUCCUUCUCGCCGUUUGGGAAGAGAUGCAAUUUGAUUGCCAUUACCGUGUUCCCGAUACCGCGGCAGUCAACAAAUUCUGCAACGACAUGGAGACCACCCCCGUUGGUGUCAUCGUUGGACUUUUCCACGCCAUCUCACAGAAACUGCCUUCAUUCACUGAAUGGGAGACCAGAAGACAUGGACAAUUACUCAACAACAAUAUGGCCGUUUGUGAAGCCAUGACUGAGAUGAGAGGACACGUUACGAAGCAUGGUAAGCCGCUUCAAAUGCAAAGUCCUGAUUCAUGGUGCUAACAUUUCAACAGAGGAUUAUCUCAAGACCCGCCCCAACGCCAAAUUUGACCGAAGAGAUUUUGAUUGCUUAUCCAACAAAUUCCUCUCCAAACUCGUCAUCCGGGCCAACUAAAAAGGGACACUCUUCCUUCCUCCUCUGCAUAUAUCGUUUCUAUAUACCCACUGUGCAUAUUCGUCUACAUUCCGCAGCGAUGCUGCCACUGGAGGAUCUCGUCGACUCCCAUAUCGAGUGACAGAUCUAACUUUUAUCACUUUCCUUUGUACAGAAGAAUUCCUUCUCCUUUGUCUUUCGGGAGCGGCCUACAGCGAGGGCAACCAUCAUUACUUGCAUUAUUUUUUAUUUUGAUGAAGCAAAGAAGAAGAACGGGAAGAGAGAUUUCACUUAAUUUUUGUCUAUCUCUUCCUCGGACCUUUUUUUUUCUCUUACGACGAUUGAUUUGAUUGGGCAUAGCGAUUUUAUGACAAACGACCCCCUCUUAUGAUUGCUAUUUGUUUGUUGAGGACAGGAGACCUGCGAGCGAGGCUCUAUUUUGUAUGAAUGAUCGACGCUUAUGAUCAUGGAACUUUUUUUUUUUUUUACGUACGUACGUUUUAACGGGUUAUGGUAUUAUGGCUGUUUUUGUCUGUUUUUGCUUUUUUUCCUUUGGAUCUGGAUAUUCUUUUUUUUAUUUAUUUAACUUGAAUCUAACCUUUGGGCACUGGAAAGCCCAGGGUGGGUGGCCAUUUGGGAAUCAACAACCUACCCUAACCUCUUGAUUUGAGGCACGGACAAGGGCCUGCAUGUCUGGAGCAGAGAAGGAAAAAUCUAUCAAAUCAUCUUUUUUACUACCUAAAUCUCUUACCUUUUUUUUCUUGGGACGUGAAGACACUCUGUAUCUCAGAGAAGGGAAUCUUUGGAUGGAUUUUAUUUUAUCGAUCGAGAAAAAAAGAAGAACAAUAUUAUCACUUUUAUCCCAGAUGAAUAAUUG